AUGGAUUUCCUGAAAGUUAGAAAAUUUCGCAAGUCUAGGAAGCCAAACAUAGAAAAGGAGAAAGAAGACAAGACAUUGACACAGCAAGAUCAAGCAAGGAGUGAGAACACUGUCGCCACUGUGACGGAUUCGGCGAAACCAGAUGAGGUCGAAGAUGACGACGACGAUUUCAUCACCAAUGAGGUUAAAAGAAGGCUGAAGGAGUUGAGGAGAAACAGUUUCAUGGUGUUGAUACCUGAAGAAGACGAAGAAGAAGAAGAGGGAUCUUAUCUAGACGAAGAUGAGGGAGAAGACAAGUGUUCGAUUGAGUGGAGAGAUGUUGUCGCUGAAGGACUCCAAUGGUGGGGAGGCUUUGAUGCGGUCUAUGAAAAGUAUUGCGAGCGUAUGCUCUUCUUUGAUCGCUUAAGCUCUCAUCAGCUCAAAGAAACUGGCAUUGGAAUGGCUCCAAGUCCUUCAACUCCAUCGCCAAGAUCUGCAUCUAAGAAGCUGUCAUCGCCUUUUCGAUGUCUUUCUCUUAAAAAGAUGGAUGUUCCAGAGAAAGAUACAGAGCAUUUGCAGCAGACAGAGAUGGACCCUUAUCAAGAUCUAGAGACAGCUUAUGUUGCUCAACUCUGCCUCACUUGGGAGGCACUUCACUGUCAAUACACGCAGCUGAGCCACUUAAUCUCAUGCCAACCCGAAACACUGACUUGCUGCUACAACCAUACCGCUCAACAGUUUCAGCAGUUCUUGGUCUUGUUGCAGAGGUAUAUAGAGAACGAACCAUUCGAACAAGGCUCAAGAUCUGAGCUUUAUGCGCGUGCCAGAAAUGCAAUGCCUAGGCUACUUCAGGCUCCCAAGAUUCAAGGGUCAGAUAGAAAGGAGAUGGAGAAAGAUGCAGACUUCAUGGUCCUCGCUGAUGAUCUCAUCAAAAUCAUCGAGAGCUCGAUCCUUACAUUCAACGUUUUCUUGAAAAUGGAUAAGAAGAAACCAAUUGGGGUCAUUCACUUGUUUGGGAACCACAACAACAGCCAUAUGCAUUCUACAACUCCUUUGCAACUGGUUCAGUCAUCUAUUGAAAAGAAGAGGGUGAAAGCGAAGGAGCUUUCGAAGAAAACAAAAGGUUUGAGAAAGAAAUCUUGGCCACAAACAUGGGAAGGUGUUCAACUAUUGUUUGCAGCCAUUGACAUCAAACUCGCAUCAAGGGUUCUGAGAAUGGCGAGAAUCAGUAAAGAGCAGCUUCUAUGGUGUGAAGAAAAGAUGAAAAAGCUUGACUUCUCUGUUGGGAUGCUUCAAAGACACCCUUCUCCAAUUCUUUUCCCUUGUUGA